AUGGAUCACUUCUUCUCUCUCAUUUGCCCUAAUUCUCCAUCAGUAUGGGAUGGAAAGGGAUUCUCCGAAUGUUUUGAAGACAUUGUGUUAGGUUUUGCAGUGAAUGUAGUGACUAUUGUUAUGAUUAUUGUGCUUAGCUUUAGUCAAAAGAUUGGUGGUCGUCGUGGAGCUCAAAGAUCAGACUCUCAGACGCCUCUUCUAGAGAAAUUUGUCCUGGAUUUUGUACCAGCCAUUGGAGCAUGCUUCUCAGUUUUGGAAAUAAUUUUCCUGCUGAAGAAAGAACAUGAUGGUAGCUAUGUUGAAUAUUAUAAGUGGUUAUGUAGCUGUUCUGAGUUGUUGCUGUGGGCAAAUAUCAUUCUCUUCACAAAGUGUGCAAGGAGUCAUUGCAUAGUCUUCAACCGUGUCUUAUGUUUCUGGUGGAUUCUGAAACCAAUAUUGGGGAUUUUCCAUUUGAUAACAAAGUUUUCAUCAUUGGAGGUUUCAGUAUGCAUAAUGGAAAGCUUAGUUAUUCUCUUGAAUAUAUCAUUUUGCAUAGCUAUCAAUCUGAUCAGGAUAAAGAGAUUAUCUUCCAAAAGCAGUUUAUUGGAAGAUCCACUUCUUUCCAACGGAGGGGACCUUGAGGAAGGUGAAAAUCAUGACCUUGGAAAUAAUGGUAACUUUUGGGAUUUGAUGACUUUCAAAUUCAUAAGUCCUGUAAUGAAUCAAGGGGUGCUAAAGCAAUUAGACUCUGACGAUCUUCUACCGCUACUACCUGACAUGAGUCCUUCUUUCUGUCACGAUAUAAUUUUAUCCAGUUGGCGAGAACAGUUGAGUAAUAAUGGUUCAAACCCUUCCUUGCUUAGAGCACUCUGUAAUGCAUAUGGAUGGCAAUAUCUCCGGCUUGGUUUAUUGAAGGUGAUAAAUGAUGGUAUUGGUUUCGCGGGACCAUUGCUUCUCAAUAAGCUGAUCAAGUUUCUUCAACAAGGUUCUGCAACAAGUUCAUUUUCAGGUUCAGCAAGUUGGGAUGGGUAUUUACUUGCACUAUCCUUGGGUCUCACAUCAAUAAUUAAAUCUUUUUUAGAUACACAAUAUACUUUUCGUCUUUCCAAACUCAAGUUAAAGCUGCGAUCUAGUAUCAUGACUCUAAUCUAUGAGAAGUGUCUAUUUGUGAACCUAGCAGAGCGUUCAAAAUUCACAAAUGGAGAAAUUCAGACAUUUAUGUCGGUGGAUGCUGACCGAACUGUUAACUUGUGUAAUAGUUUUCAUGAUAUAUGGAGCCUGCCUCUACAAAUUGGAGUGGCGCUUUAUCUUCUGUAUACUCAAGUCAAAUUUGCAUUUGUGUCUGGGUUAGCAAUAACCAUUUUAUUGAUACCAGUGAAUAAAUGGAUAUCAACAUUGAUUGCACGUGCCACCGAGCAAAUGAUGAAAGAGAAGGAUGAAAGGAUUCGUAGGACCGGGGAACUUUUGACUUAUAUUCGCACAUUGAAGAUGUAUGGAUGGGAACUUCUUUUUUCUAGUUGGUUGAUGGAGACAAGAUCUUUGGAAGUGAAACACUUAGCUACUCGGAAGUACUUGGAUGCAUGGUGUGUAUUCUUUUGGGCUACAACACCGUCACUCUUUUCUCUUUGCACAUUUGGACUCUUUGCAUUGAUGGGACAUCAACUUGAUGCUGCAACGGUUUUCACUUGUCUUGCUUUGUUUAACACACUGAUUUCACCACUUAAUUCAUUCCCUUGGGUUAUUAAUGGAUUGAUUGAUGCCAUCAUAUCCUCCAGACGGCUUAGUAGGUUUCUCUCUUGCUCUGAACAUAGACGCAAAGUGGGAGAGAACAUUUCAUGUUCAUCAUCAUUUCCGAGUGUACAGCCUGAUUCCUUACAAGACUUGGCUGUCUCUAUCCAAGAUGCAUGCUGUUCUUGGUCCAGCAGUGAUGAAAAAGCAUUGAAUAUGGUGUUGAAUCAUGUGACUCUUAGCCUGUCAAAGGGUUCCUUUGUUGCAGUUAUUGGAGAGGUUGGUUCUGGCAAAUCAUCCAUGUUAUAUUCAAUUCUUGGAGAAAUGCGGCUUGAUCAUGGGUCUAUUUAUUCCAAUGGAUCUAUAGCUUAUGUACCACAGGUCCCUUGGAUUUUAUCUGGAACAGUACGUGACAAUAUAUUAUUUGGGAAAAGCUACCAUCCUGAAAGGUAUACGAAUACAAUAAAAGCGUGUGCGUUAGAUGUUGAUAUCUCAUUGAUGGCUGGUGGUGACAUGGCAUAUAUUGGAGAGAAAGGAGUCAACUUAUCAGGUGGACAGAGAGCUCGUCUUGCUUUGGCAAGAGUACUGUAUCAUGACUCGGAUGUUAUCAUGCUCGAUGAUGUCCUGAGUGCGGUUGAUGUACAAGUUGCUCAGUGGAUCUUGCACAAUGCCAUUCUUGGUCCUCUUAUGAAGGGAAAAACUAGAUUGCUCUGUACCCACAACAUUCAGGCAAUAUCUUCUGCAGAUAUGAUUGUAGUAUUGGACAAAGGACACGUAAAGUGGAUGGGAAGUUCAACUGACUUCCCAACUUCUUCAUAUACAGCAUUCUCCCCAUUGAAUGAAAUGGAUUCAACUUCACAUAAUCAUCAGCAAUCUUGCAGCACAAAUUCUUCUAUAACCAAGGAGCAGUCUCUUCCUGAUAGAAUUGUCAUGCAAGCUCAAGAGGAUGCAGAGGAUGUAAUUGAAGUUGAGUUAAGAAAAGAGGGAAAAGUUGAACUUGGAGUUUAUAAGAGUUAUGCUGCUUUUACCGGCUGGUUCAUUGCCGUGAUUGUAUGUCUAUCAGCUAUUCUGAUGCAAGCUUCGCGUAAUGGAAAUGAUUUAUGGCUUUCGUAUUGGGUUGAUACCACAAGGGAAGAUGGUCAAACAAGUUACUCUAUGUCUUUCUAUCUGGCUAUUCUAUGUCUCUUUUGUAUCAUGAAUUCCUUUUUCACAUUGGUGAGGGCAUUCUCUUUUGCAUUUGGUGGCUUACAAGCGGCAACUAAGGUACACAAUAGACUGCUCAGCAAGCUUAUCAAUGCACCUGUGCAAUUCUUUGAUCAGACCCCGGGUGGAAGAAUACUGAAUAGGUUAUCAUCAGAUCUUUAUACAAUCGAUGAUUCUCUUCCAUUUAUUAUGAACAUUCUCUUGGCUAAUUUCGUAGGCCUGCUGGGUAUUGCAAUCAUUUUGUCUUAUGUACAGGUCUUCUUCUUAGUUUUGUUAUUGCCAUUUUGGUAUAUCUACAGUAGACUUCAGUUCUUCUACAGGUCAACAUCAAGAGAAUUAAGAAGACUGGACAGUGUUUCUCGCUCUCCAAUAUAUACAUCUUUCACUGAAACACUUGAUGGAUCAUCAACUAUUCGAGCCUUUAAAUCUGAGGACUUUUUCUUUACCAAAUUUAGUGACCACAUAACGUUAUAUCAGAAGACUUCCUAUACAGAAACAGUGGCAAGUCUGUGGCUUUCCUUGCGUCUUCAGUUAUUAGCUGCAUUUAUAAUCUCAUUCAUAGCCCUGAUGGCUGUUGUCGGAUCUCAAGGCAGUCUGCCUAUCAGCUUUGGUACCCCCGGACUGGUUGGAUUGGCCCUCUCUUACGCAGCUCCAAUUGUGUCCCUGCUGGGGAGUUUUCUAACAAGUUUUACUGAAACAGAGAAGGAGAUGGUUUCAAUUGAAAGAGCACUUCAAUAUAUGGACAUUCCUCAAGAAGAACAAGCUGGAUCUCUAUACUUGAAUCCAGAUUGGCCAAAUCAAGGAGUUAUUGAAUUCCAACAUGUUACUUUGAAAUAUAUGCCAUCUUUACCACCUGCACUCUGCAAUCUCAGUUUUAAAAUUGAAGGAGGAACACAGGUUGGAAUAAUCGGAAGAACAGGUGCUGGAAAGUCUAGUGUGUUAAAUUCCCUUUUCCGUCUUACCCCAAUAUGUGCAGGCUCCAUCACAGUUGAUGGCAUGGAUAUUCAAAAUAUUCCUGUGAGAGAACUACGCGCCCAUUUGGCUAUUGUUCCUCAGAGUCCAUUCUUGUUUGAAGGACUAUUAAGGGAUAACCUAGAUCCAUUCAAAAUGAAUGAUGACUCGAAAAUUUGGGAUGCACUGGAGAAGUGUCAUGUGAAAGAGGAAGUAGAAGUAGGUGGAGGGUUGGAUAUUCUUGUAAAGGAAGGGGGAAUGUCAUUUUCAGUUGGCCAAAGGCAGCUUCUUUGCCUUGCACGGGCACUUCUUAGAUCUUCGAAAGUUCUUUGUUUGGAUGAAUGCACUGCCAGUGUGGACAUUCAAACUGCUUCACUGCUGCAAAAAACUAUAUCCGGAGAAUGCAAAGGAAUGACGGUGGUCACAAUUGCUCACCGGAUUUCAACUGUCAUAAAUAUGGACAACAUUUUAAUUCUUGAUCAUGGGAACCUGGCUGAACAAGGAAAUCCACAGAUUCUUCUGAAGGAUGGCACCUCUAUAUUUUCUAGUUUUGUUAAAGCUUCAUCUCUGUAA